UCAGAUAGCGGUGGGUGUGCUCGCAAACGUGCUGCCAUGUCUGUUACAAUAACAUCUGUGAAGAGAGUUCAGAGUUCUCCAAACCUAUUGACUGCAGGGCGUGAUUCUCAGUCACCAGACUCAGCUUGGAGAUCUUACAAUGAUCGAAAUCAAGAGACACUGAACGGAGAUGCUACAUAUUCCUCUCUUGCAGCAAAAGGUUUUAGAAGCGUUCGACCAAACUUACAAGAAAAAAAGUCACCAACUCAGAGCCAGAUAACAGUGAAUGGAAACUCUGGAGGUGCUGUGAGUCCAAUGAAUUACUAUCAAAGGCCGUUUUCCCCUUCAGCUUACUCUCUCCCAGGCUCGCUCAAUUCAAGCAUUAUCAUGCAGCAUGGCCGCUCACUGGACUCCGCAGAGUCGUAUCCCCAGCACGCGCAGUCCCUGGACGGCACGAUGGGCAGCUCCAUCCCACUGUACAGGUCCUCGGAGGAGGAGAAGAGGGUGACGGUCAUCAAAGCCCCGCAUUACCCGGGGAUCGGGCCUGUGGAUGAAUCCGGAAUCCCCACAGCAAUUAGAACGACAGUUGACAGACCAAAGGACUGGUACAAGACAAUGUUUAAGCAAAUUCACAUGGUGCACAAACCAGAUGAUGACACAGACAUGUAUAAUACUCCUUAUACAUAUAAUGCAGGCCUGUACAACUCACCCUACAGCGCUCAGUCACAUCCUGCGGCAAAGACCCAGACCUACAGACCCCUCUCCAAAAGUCACUCGGACAAUGGCACUGAUGUCUUUAAGGAUGCCUCCUCCCCUGUCCCUCCCCCACAUGUUCCUCCUCCGGUCCCACCACUUCGGCCAAGAGAUCGAUCUUCAACAGAAAAGCAUGACUGGGAUCCUCCAGAUAGAAAAGUGGACACAAGAAAAUUUCGUUCUGAGCCAAGGAGUAUUUUUGAAUAUGAACCCGGGAAGUCAUCCAUUCUCCAGCAUGAAAGACCAGCCUCCCUGUAUCAGUCCUCUAUAGACAGAAGCCUGGAAAGACCUACUAGUUCUGCGAGCAUGGCCAGUGACUUUAGGAAAAGGAGGAAGAGCGAGCCUGUGGUGGGGCAGCCCAGGGGCUUGGAUCCAAGUGCGAGCAGGACCAGCCCGGGGCGAGCGGACCUCCCGGGACCAGGCGGCCCCGUGACAAAGUCUUUCAUCAGUUCUUCUCCUCCUUCCCCCUCAAGAGCAAAAGGUGGGGAUGAUACAUGUCCGUCCCUUUACAGUUACUCAGGGCUCAACGGCAACCCCUCCAAUGAGUUAGAUUACUGUAAUGCUUACAGACAGCAUUUGGACGUCCCUCGUGACUCACAGAGGGCCAUUACUUUCAAGAACGGCUGGCAGAUGGCCCGACAGAAUGCAGAGGUCUGGAGCAGCACUGAGGAAACGGUGUCCCCCAAAAUCAAAUCCCGCAGCUGUGACGAUCUCCUAAACGAUGACUGCGAUAGCUUCCCCGACCCCAAGACCAAGUCAGAGAGUAUGGGUUCUCUGUUAUGUGAAGAGGACUCCAAGGACAGCUGCUCUAUAGCGUGGGCCUCCCCCUACAUCCAGGAGGGUCGGAGUAACGGCAGGUCAAGGUUCCGGCACAGGUCAGCCCACAACGCCCCGGGGUUCCUCAAAAUGUACAGGAAAAUGCAUCGCAUUAACCGCAAGGAUUUGAUGGCGUCCGAGGUGAUCUGCUCCGUCAAGUCGAGGAUAAUGCAGUACGAGAAGGAGCAGCAGCACAAGGGCUUGCUGCACGGAUGGAGCCAGUCCUCCACGGAGGAGGUGCCCAGGGACAUGGUCCCCACCCGCAUUUCUGAAUUCGAAAAGCUGAUUCAAAAGUCCAAGUCCAUGCCCAAUUUAGGAGACGAAAUGUUAUCUCCCAUCAGCCUAGAAGCUCAACAAAAUGGUUUAUGUCCCAAGAGGCGAUUUUCCAUUGAGUCUUUGCUGGAGGAAGAAGGUCAGAGCAGACACGCUUCGCAUAUGCAGCGGAGCUACGAGCCCCAAGCCCUGGUACCGAUUCAUAUCGAGGUCACCAGUGACGAGCAGCCCAGAGCGCACGUGGAGUUCUCCGAUAGCGACCAGGACGGCGUCGUGUCUGACCACAGUGAUUACAUCCACGUUGAAGGAUCGUCCUUCUGCAGUGAGAGCGACUUCGAUCACUUUUCUUUCACGUCCUCUGAAAGCUUCUACGGGUCCAGCCACCAUCACCACCAUCACCACCAUCACCAUCACCGACACCUGAUCAGCUCCUGCAAAGGCAGAUGCCCGGCCUCCUACACCCGGUUCACCACGAUGCUGAAACACGAAAGAGCCAAACACGAGAACACCGAAGAGCCCAGAAGACAAGAAAUGGACCCUGGGCUCUCGAAGCUUGCAUUUCUGGUCAGUCCCGUGCCUUUCCGGAGGAAAAAAAAUUCGACGCCCAAAAAACAGACUGAAAAGGCAAAAUGUAAAGCUUCUGUAUUUGAGGCCCUGGACUCUGCCCUUAAAGACAUUUGUGACCAGAUUAAAGCCGAAAAGAGGAGGGGAAGUCUGCCAGACAACAGCAUCCUGCACCGUCUCAUCAGUGAGCUUCUGCCGGAUAUCCCCGAAAGGAACUCGUCACUUAGAGCUCUGAGAAGGAGCCCCAUGCACCAGCCUUUCCACCCACUGCCUCAAGACGGUGCUAUGCAUCGUCCGUUGUACCAGAACGAUUGUGGGAGAAUGCCUCACAGUGCCUCUUUCCAAGACGUGGACACCACCACCGCCAACUACCGUCACCAAGACCAUGACAGUGCACGGAGUCUCCAAGACCACGAGUCCCCUAGAAGUUAUGCAUCCACCAUGACUGACCUGGGGAGAAGCGCACCUCGGGAAAGAAGAGGAACUCCGGAAAAAGAGAAAUUGCCUGCAAAAGCUGUUUAUGAUUUUAAAGCUCAGACAUCUAAGGAGCUGUCAUUUAAGAAAGGAGAUACUGUCUACAUCCUCAGGAAAAUAGAUCAAAAUUGGUAUGAGGGAGAGCACCACGGCAGAGUGGGCAUUUUCCCAAUCUCCUACGUCGAGAAACUCAUACCUCCCGAAAAAGCACAGCCUGCAAGACCCCCUCCGCCAGCGCAGCCUGGAGAAAUCGGAGAAGCUUUGGCCAAAUAUAAUUUCAGCGCUGACACAAAUGUGGAGCUAUCGCUGAGAAAGGGAGAUAGAGUUAUUCUUCUUAAAAGAGUUGAUCAAAACUGGUAUGAAGGUAAAAUUCCAGGAACCAGCAGACAAGGCAUCUUCCCUGUUUCCUAUGUAGAAGUUAUCAAGAAGAAUCCAACCGCAGGUGCUGACGAUUACCCCGACCCUCCAAUCCCCCACAGCUACUCUAGUGAUAGAAUCCACAGCUUAAGUUCCAAUAAGCCACAGCGUCCUGUGUUUACUCAUGAAAACAUUCAAGGUGGGGGGGAACCGUUUCAGGCUCUGUAUAACUAUACUCCUAGGAAUGAAGAUGAGCUGGAGCUCAGAGAAAGUGACGUCAUUGAUGUGAUGGAGAAGUGUGAUGAUGGAUGGUUUGUGGGAACCUCAAGAAGAACCAAAUUCUUUGGUACUUUUCCCGGAAACUAUGUCAAGAGGCUGUGAUUCUCUGUCUCCCUACAUUUCAAGUCCCAUUUCAGCACCACAUCUGCAGACCCUUGCCUGAAAGAGCCCCCUCAGCGCCCCCCUCCCCCCGCUACUGUCCUGCCUUCUGGUCUCCUCUAGAAGUCCCCCAGCCCUCCCCACCUCUACCUGCCGCCAAACCACCAGCAAAGGGACUGCCGCUCUCCAGCCCUGGGGAGGCUGGGGGCUUGCUUCUGCGUGAACGUGCGUAGUCCUGAUUUCUGCUCUAAAGUUGGAAAAGUCGCUAUGCGAGAUAAGAGAGAAGAUCGUUAGAGUUAGAAAGGGAGAAGUAUUUGAGGAAAAAAAAAAAAAAAGAAAGAAAUAUCUGAAGAAUCUCUCUAGUCCACUUUGAAAGGCAUUCUCCCCUCAGGCAACCAGAGAUUGUUUAUUCCUAAAUGCUGUGGUUUGUGUUUUCACAUUCUUAGCUUGGCAGUGUACUUUCCUUUCACGAGUUUGCCUAGUGUCCUGGUUUACACGACAUGAGAAACUGUCCUUCGGCUAUUGUUUGCCUGCACUUACAAUUGUAAUACGCACAGUGAUUACAAAACAUAAAGCAAGCGUAGGAAAGUCAAUUCGGAUGAGUGUGAUUUUAUUGACUGAAUGUGAGUUUUCAAAUAGGAGUCUUUUCCUGCAGUUUUUUUUUUCUGUACUUUUUAGAAGUGCAAACCGUAAGUGAAUAAGAGCCUUUGGUAAUAAUCAUGAGACUAUAAGAGGUUUAGCUAGACUACAAAAAAAAAAAAAAACAACAAAAAACAAAAACCUAUUGUGUUGUAAAGUUGCAUUGCUAUUUUAUAUUAAAAUGUAAUAAUCAGCAUCAUGAACAAUGAGCUCUUAGUGUUUUAUUUAUCUGGUAAAAUUUUAAUAAAAGCAGUGUUAGUGAGAGGUGCAAAGAAUUAUUCUAACGUAGACACUUGAAAGUAUCUGUAAGCAAUAUUCAUAGGUAAGUUUUCACUGUGUGCGCACAUACACAUUUGAGAUUGUACGAGAACAGACAAUCCGUAUGGUGUGUUGUACAUUUUAUGGAAAUGUAAAGGAAUCCCACACGUUAUUUUAUAGAAAUAGAGUACUUCAGAAGCAUCACAAGUAUUAUGGCUGGUUUUAGCAAGGAUUACGAUCAAUACAAUUAUUUUUACUACGAUAGUUAUUUUUCUUCUACGGAACUCAGAAUCCUGGCAACAUUUGAGGACAGGAAUAUGUUGAGCCUGAUUUUCCUGGUGUGUGUGAAAUAGUUCCUCGGAAUCCAUGAGGCACUUUCGGAAGCAAUGUUAAAUCCUUCAGGUUAUGUUUUCUGCCCUGAAGUAGAAAUUUACAAAAUGGCUUUGGGACCUGAAAGAUUUAAUGUGGCUAACAGUGCCUGAACUACACAUACCUUGAGAACUAGCUUUGUAUUUCUUAUAACUUUGCAUAAGAACUAUUCAUAUCUGGAUCUUGAGCAUUAUAGAUUAAACAUUUUAUGGCAUUUCUUCUGUGGACAGUGAUUGAUCUUUUCACAAUGUAUGUAGACUCCAGAAUUUUGUACAUACGUUUGCUCCUUUUUUUGUACAGACUAUUUAGUUGUCGAGAAAAACAGAAAUUUACUAAUUUGGUCUUUAUCUUUCACUUUACACUAAGCUAAAACACUUUCCAACAGAUUAUCCUUUACAUAUCCCACAGAUCACAAGCACGCCUUGAUUGUGCAAUUGUGUAAGAUAGAAUUUAUGCAAAAUUAUGAACGUAAAAGAUCUUAGCAACCAAACUGAAAUGUACUGAUUACAGAGGAGUUUCAUUCGUUAAAAGGUAAAGAAACAUCUUCGAGUAGCCUACCUUGAUAACUGUCAAGUUUGCAACCAGCUUUAUAUCUUAAAGGCUUUGGGUUUGAAAUUAAGUCAACUGCAUGCACCUUUGCUGAUAAAUGAGUAAUUAUCCUUGAUGCCAUUUAUGAGAAAAGAUUUCAAUAUCUGUUGCCUGUCAUAUUUAAGAAAAAUUACUGUUUCUACUCUCUGUAUCUGAUUUUAAAAGAAAAAAAAAUGUUCAUACCUGGCUUUCAGGUAAUUGACUUUGAAUUCUUACAAGCGAAGGUCAUUGUGUUUUUCUUGAAUAGACACCUAAUAAAUUUUGCUUGGAAGUA